AUGUCCUACACCGAGAGUGGCAUCGGUGGGCUGAGCGGUAGCGGUUCCCACAGGACGGGAUGUUCGACCAGUCCGAAGGUUCCGUCACCCGGUCGCAAAACGAACCGGCGAGGACAAAUGCGCGGUGCGUCGACCAUCACGUCGUCCUUUUCGUCGGCCGGUUCCAUCCCUUCGAUACUGUCCUGCGUGUCCUCGACGAACAGUGCCUCAGGCGGUGGUCAACAACAUUCCCUACGCAGACAACGCCGUUCCAAACGACACCCAACCGUGCCGGUGACUGGUGGAAAUCGACGGAUAAAGCCUUCGCGGGCUGACGUGAAUGCUGAAUCCGACAACGAUUCGCAAUGGUCCGACGAGAUCCUGUCCGAUACAACAGAACAUUCCAUUGAAGGACCAGUGUCGAUGCCAUGGUUCGGUAUGGACAUCGGGGGCACGCUGACGAAGUUGGUGUAUUUCGAGCCGAAGGACAUCACCCCAGGCGAGCUGGAUCAGGAGGCAACGAUCUUGCGCAACAUUCGACGCUACCUCACGAAGAACUCCGCCUACGGUAAUACCGGCCACCGGGACAUCCACCUGCAGAUGGACAACGUGAUGAUCCGGGGCCGGCGCGGCUCGUUGCACUUCAUUCGGUUCCCAACGUCUGAGAUGAUCAGCUUCCUGGAACUCGCCCGAUCUAAGGGUAUGGCGCAGCUGGUAACCACGGUAUGCGCGACCGGUGGAGGUGCCUUCAAGUUUGAGGAAGAUUUCCGAGGGAUCGUCAACAUGAAGCUGGCCAAGUUCGACGAACUGGAUGCCCUGAUCAGGGGCAUUCUUUUUACAGAAACGCACAAUCCGCAGGAAUGCUACUACUGGGAGAAUGCCAACGAAAGCAGUAGUACGAAGAAAAAGUUUGACUUCAGCCAACCGUACCCGUUUAUACUGGUGAACGUUGGCUCGGGCGUGUCGGUCCUGGCGGUGCGUGGUCCCGACAACUACAAGCGCAUCUCCGGCACAAGCUUGGGUGGCGGUACAUUCCUGGGCCUGUGCUGUUUGCUCACCGGCUGUGAAACAUUCGAGGAAGCAAUACAAUUAGCGACGACGGGCGACAACAAGAAGGUAGAUAAGUUAGUUAAAGACAUUUACGGUGGCGACUACGAGCGUUUUGGCCUGCCCGGCGAACUGGUCGCUUCGAGUUUCGGACAAAUGCACCUAUCGGAGCGAAGGCAGAGCGUGAGCAAAGAGGAUUUGGCUCACGCGAUCCUUGUGACGAUCACCAACAACAUCGGUUCGAUCGCGCGCAUGUGCGCCAGCAAUGAGAAGAUAGGAAAGGUGGUGUUUGUGGGAAAUUUCCUGCGCGUGAACCCAAUUUCGAUGAAGAUGCUGGCGUACGCCAUGGAUUACUGGUCGAAAGGAACGCUCAAAGCCCUGUUCCUGGAGCACGAGGGUUACUUCGGUGCUGUCGGUUGCCUUUUGCAGUUCAACGGUGAAUUGCAUGCACAAGUCGGUGAUUUACUUACUUAG